AUGUCAAAAUAUGUGGCACCGUUACAGUCAUUUAUAGAUACAACUUUUUUCAAGGAAUUCUCCGAUAUUAAAUUGAACAUUGCUCAAUUAAAUGUUGAUAGCAUACCGCUGUAUGCAAGGGUUAAUGUUAAUACGAGAGUACAAAACAGUGAUAAAUCUCAUCUUUUCUUAAAUAAGCAAUGCUUCAAUGAGAAUAAUUGGGAACAGAAUGAAGGUGGUAUGCCAAUUAGAGGUGCCAUCUAUAACUUCAAUGUAUUAGAACAGUUCAAACAAUUAGAUAAAAUGGCAUUUCUUAAUGAGAGAGGAAAGGAAUUAUUUGAACAAGGUAUUAAAGAUAUUAAUAAAUGUAUCGGUUUUAGUAUUAUAAGUUUUGCAGAUUUAAAAAAGUAUAAAUUUUAUUAUUGGGUAUGUAUACCAUCUUUUUCACUGACAAGCCACAAUAUUCAAACUGAUGGACACAAGGUUGCUGUAGAGCAUUCUCAAGAUAUAAAAGAAUGGUUUUCUAAAGAAUUGGAUCAAUGGGUUUGUGUUAUUACUAGCGAUGGCUCAAUUCAACGUUACAACGCAGUUGCAUCGAAGGAUUUGAAAAUACUAUGUUUAAGAGAUUUAAGCAACAUGGAAGGAAUUCCAUCUACAUUAACUAAAAAUUUCUUAACUAUUUACAAAAGACAUAACCCAUUAGCUGAAAAGGUCACUGUUUAUUUUAUGAGACCCGAUGAUAAGAGUUUUGGACAGGAAUACAAUCUUCAGCAAGCGUCACAGAUUGAGACUGAUACAGUGACACUUAAAGUAACUGGAUGGGAAAGAAGUACCCAGGGUAAAUUAGCUCCACGUCUAAUGGAUUUAAGUUCUUUAAUAGAUCCGUUAGUCAUUGCGGAACAGUCAGUAGAUCUAAAUCUUAAAUUAAUGAAAUGGAGAGUAUCCCCAGAUAUUGAUUUAGAUAUUAUUAAAAAUACGAAAGUUCUUAUUCUGGGAGCCGGAACUUUAGGAUGUUAUGUUUCUAGGGCAUUAUUAGCAUGGGGGGUUAGAAAUAUAACGUUAGUUGAUAAUAGUACUGUCUCGUAUUCAAAUCCUGUACGUCAACCACUAUUUGAAUUUGCUGAUUGUGGGAAACCUAAAGCAGAAACUGCUGCUACAGCUUUGAAAAGGAUCUUUCCGUUAGUUAAUGCUAAGGGAAUUAUGUUAAAUAUACCGAUGAUAGGACAUAGUGUUCUGGAUGAGGAAAGUGAAAAGCAAGACUAUGAAACUCUACUUGAUUUAUUUGAGAAUCAUGAUGCCAUUUUCCUUCUAAUGGAUUCAAGGGAAACACGGUGGUUGCCAACUAUUCUUGGAAAUGUAUAUAAUAAAAUUGUUAUUAACGCAGCAUUAGGAUUUGAUAGUUACUUAGUGAUGAGACACGGGAAUUAUUAUGGUAAUUCAAAGGAAAGAUUAGGAUGCUACUUUUGUCAAGAUGUUGUAGUACCUAGAGACAGUCUGACAGAUAAGACUUUGGAUCAAAUGUGCACAGUAACAAGACCAGGUAUUGCCAUGUUAGCUGCAUCACAAGCUGUAGAGUUGUUAGUGUCAUUACUUCAGAGUCAGAAUGGAGCCAAUGCAUCAACCCAAGAAGAGACUAUAUUGGGUGAAACACCUCAUCAAAUCCGUGGAUUUUUACAUACUUUUACAUCUGUCAAGUUAGAGACGCCAGCAUAUGAAUAUUGUUCAGCUUGUUCGAAGAAAAUUGUUGAAACAUGUGAGACAGAUCAAUGGGAAUUUGUUAAACGAUCCCUAGAUGAUAUCGAUUACAUCGAGACUCUAAGUGGGUUGAAACAAGUGAAAUUGGAGAUUGAUGAUUUGGAGAAAGAAAUGGAUAAUUGGGUCUUGGAAGAAUCCGAUAUAGAAGCGCUAUAA